UACCUUUUCUCUUCUAGCAUAUAAAUGAGCAUCACAGAAAUGGAGUAACUAAAUUUCGGCAAGAGUUUAGGUGUUUUAGGUUAGGUUUUGAGAGAGUAGAGAAGCAUGUAUCAGUGUAGUUCCCAAAUGUACGGAACUGAUUGGGAAUACAUGGGGAUUAGCAACCUAGCCAAGGUUGUUGGAUCAGACCAAAUGAGUGUUCUUGAGCCAAAAAGCUCACCUUUCAACAUUGUCACCACUCCUCUUCAAAUUCAAACCCCACAAGGCUUUUGUGCAACUGCAACAAAAGGGCUUGUGAGUUUUCAAGCUCAACAACAUGCUCAUCAUCAGCAUCAGAUCGAAGUUCCUGCUUGGUGCUUUGACUCUAACAUGCUGAAUAUUUGCCAAGCCUCUGGGGAUAACUUUACCACCAAACAAGAUCCACCCUCGUCUCAAUUCACAAGCUCCUUGUGCCCGGUUGCUGAAUCUUUCUUGUCGUCCAGCACUGGUGCAGAUUGUCCUUCUUCUUCUGAAAAAUAUUGUAAAAUUACUUCCUAUUCUGAAAAACAUAGCAGCAUGCAGCCUGAUGGUAUGCCAUAUUACGAUCACUUUUCCCAAGAAGAAGAUAAAUUACUCAGAGAUGAUGCUGCCACGGAUGAAAGGCCCCUUGAAAUUUCCUUUCAGAGAAACCAGUUGGAAUCAUGUACAAAGCCACAAAAGCAAGCUCCUCAUAGACUUUGUGGGGUUGCCUGUGUAACUUCUAGCAACUCUGCUUCUAGAAGAGGCAAAAGAAGAAUAAAAUGGACCGACGAUCUACACGAGCCAUUUAUGAUGAUUGUUAACAGUCUUGGUGGUCCAGAAAAGGCAAAACCUAAGGCUAUACUAGAUAUGAUGAAAUCAGAUUUGCUGUCCAUUUCUCAUGUUAAAAGUCACUUACAGAAGUGUAGGUCUACAAUAAACAUGCACAAAGCUUUGCAGGAAAAAUCCGAGGAAGGACAGAGAAUGGAUGGGGUGGCUGAGCUUCAAGUGAAAAUCCACAUGCAAAUUGAGGAAUCAAGGCAACUGCAACUAGAGGUUCGGAGGAAUAUCUGCCAACAACUAGAGAUGCAACGAAAUCUCCAAAUGCUAAUUCAACAGCAGAGCCAGCAACUCAAAGUAAUGUUUGAUUACCAAAAGAAAAAACCCAAACUGGACACAGAACUCGAAGCAACUGUCCCCUAAUCAUGGUUCAAUUGUUUUGAUAAGAUACUUUAUUUUUGCUGCCUUUGGUCUUGCAAUAGACAAUCAAACAUGUAAGUGUGAGAAACGUGUUCUUGGCAGCAACUUCAAAACGUAAACAUGUCUAUGUGCAUCUUGUUCUGCAUUCCCACACAAAUCUCACAUCAUUCUUCGUUCACACA